CGCGGUGUGGCCGCCUGGCUCGCUCGCUCUCAUGGCAGGGGCCGCCCCGACCACGGCCUUCGGGCAGGCAGUGAUCGGCCCGCCCGGCUCGGGGAAGACCACGUACUGCCUGGGCAUGAGCGAGUUCCUGCGCGCGCUGGGCCGGCGCGUGGCCGUGGUGAACCUGGACCCCGCCAACGAGGGGCUGCCGUACGAGUGCGCGGUGGACGUGAGCGAGCUGGUGGGGCUGGGCGACGUGAUGGACGCCCUCCGGCUGGGGCCCAACGGCGGCCUGCUCUACUGCAUGGAGUACCUGGAGACUAACCUGGACUGGCUGCGGGCCAAGCUCGCCCCCCUCCGAGGCCACUACUUUCUCUUCGACUGCCCGGGACAGGUGGAGCUCUGCACGCACCACGGCUCGCUGCGCAAUAUUUUCUCCCAGAUGGCACAGUGGGACCUAAGGCUGACUGCUGUUCAUCUGGUGGAUUCUCACUACUGCACUGACCCGGCCAAGUUCAUUUCAGUGUUGUGUACCUCCUUGGCCACUAUGCUACAUGUGGAGCUGCCCCAUGUCAACCUCCUCUCCAAGAUGGACCUCAUUGAGCACUAUGGAAAGCUGGCCUUCAACCUGGACUACUACACAGAGGUCCUUGACCUGUCCUACCUGCUAGACCACCUGGCCUCCGACCCUUUCUUCCGGCAUUACCGGCAGCUGAAUGAAAAACUAGUACAGCUUGUUGAAGACUAUAGCCUGGUCUCCUUUAUCCCGCUCAACAUCCAGGAUAAGGACAGUAUUCAACGAGUCCUACAGGCUGUGGAUAAAGCCAAUGGCUACUGCUUUGGGGUUCAAGAGCAGCGAAGUCUAGAGACCAUGAUGUCUGCUGCCAUGGGAGCUGACUUCCACUUUCCUUCCACCCUGGGCCUCCAGGAGAAGUAUCUGGCACCUUCAGAUCAAUCUGUGGAGCAAGAAGCUAUGCAGCUAUAGCAGUAAGCUGAACUAUGGAUGGAAGGCAGUGCUAAGCCCUGUGAGGGAGAGCUGGCUGCAGAGUCAAGAAUGCGGCCUCCAGCCAGAGCUGAAAGGGGUACCAGGAUGUCCAGCUUGGGAAAGGACUUCUACAAAAGCCUAUGGGCCCAGCAGAGCACCCGUCAGAUCUUCAAUACCCUCAGUGCUUGUGAGCUCUGGGGGCUGCUGUCAGGACUGCCUCGAUCCCGCUUCCAAACUCCUAGGGAGGCAGGGAGGCAGUGAACUAGUAGAAUAAGGGAAUACCACCAUCAUUGGAAAAGAGCCCUCUCUACACUCAAGCGCUCCCCCAGGUGCAAGACUUAUUGGGGGACUGCUCACAGGCAACCCGUCCCCUCAUAAGUUUAAGAA